AUGGUGAGCGCUGCAAGAAAGUGUCUGGGAGCAGCCACGGCCGCUGUGGCGGGUUUCAUCGGGUUUAGUUACACGAACCCCAGCUGGACACGACGAAGAUUUGAUUCCAGGAAGACGCUUCCCCCUUUAUGUACAGAGAAUCCCUCCCGCGAGGAGUGCUUGACUCGUUUCAAGGCAUUUGAUUCCCCUGAAACUCCGAUGGAUGUACUCAUCGUGGGCGGUGGAUCUGUUGGUGUUGGCUCGGCGCUUGAUGCCGUGACACGUGGAUUGAGCGUGGGCCUGGUUGAGAUGAAUGACUACGCGAGUGGAACAAGCAGCCGAAGCACCAAACUGAUCCACGGCGGUAUUCGCUACCUUGAGAAGGCCGUCUUUCACCUUGAUGUACAGCAAUUGAAAUUGGUGGCGGAGGCACUGAGAGAACGCACUAUUAUGAUUCACCAAGCACCACAUUUAUGCCAUGAAAUUCCUACCAUGAUUCCCUGUUACGAUCCGAUCGAUUUUAUUAUGUUCUGGUGUGGCGCAAAGCUGUAUGAUUUGAUAGCAAUGUGGGAACGCGGCACACUUAAAUAUUCCGGAUUCCUCACCCCUUAUGACACCAUGAAAAAAUUUCCCCAAAUACGGUACGCGAACAAAAAAGGAGAGUUAUUGUAUGGAUCCGUUCAGUAUUAUGAUGGGCAGAUGGAUGACUCUCGCUUAUGCCUUUCGGCUGCCAUGACAGCAGCCAGCCAUGGAGCAGCCACGGCUAACUACGCCAAGGUGGAAAAAAUGGAGAUUGUUCAAAACACUGCAGGCGAAAAGGUUGUAAAGUCCGUUGUCAAUGAUCGUGUAAAGCAACAUAAGUUUACGGUGUACAGCAGGACUGUCCUAAACGCCGGUGGACCGUUUAGUGAAGAGGUUCAAAAACUAAUGGAGGAUAAGAACACGUUAAGUAUUGUGCCAAGCUCCGGAACUCACAUUGUCAUUGAGCCCAAGUAUUGUCCAAAGGAGGGUGCCACGGUCUUCCCGUCCACCGAUGGCCGUGUUGUUUUUGGCGUUUCUUGGCUUGGUGGCUGCAUCGUUGGAACAACAGACAACAAGUGCGAGGUCACGGAGGAUGUGAGACCGUCAGAGGCAGAUGUGCGUUUUCUUCUCGACAGCAUGGAAGACUACGUGGGAAAAGUGCCGCGGGAGGCGGUGUUGUCGGCAUGGAGUGGUAUUCGUCCCCUGGCAACGUUGAACGGGGGUUCAGAAAACAGUACCCAAAACAUGGUCCGUGAGCACAUGAUCGCUGUGGAUAAAGACCGCCUCAUACUUAGCGUUACAGGAGGCAAAUGGACGACAUAUCGCAAAAUUGCCCAGGACGCCGUGGAUAGUCUAUGGGACACGCUGUUGAAAGACCGCAUCCCCUUCAAGCCGUGUGUAACGGAGGAGAUACAAUUGAUUGGAGCUCAUAACAUGGCAUCUGUCCCCGCAGCUGCGCCAAGUGACAUCCCUGAAGACGUGCAUCGUCAUUGGAGGAGUCAGUACGGAGAUCGUUACAACGUUCUUCUUGAAAUGGUGCGUCGCAACCCGGCGGCGCUGAAGAAAUUACACCCGGAUGAGCCCAUCGUGGAGGCCGAGGUGAUAUAUGCGGCGCAACGGGAACAUUGUGAGCGUGUGCAGGACUUUAUUGCCCGCCGUACACGACUGUCCUUUCUCAAUGUCGACCAUGCCAAGGCAAUCAUUCCCGAGGUUACGCGUGUUAUGGCCGAGACGAAACGCUGGGGCCGAUCCAAGAAAAAUGAGGAGCUGGCGAAUGCCUUUGCGUCCCUGGAUAGUUUCCGGGCCAAUUAA